UCCUUUUUUGCCGUGAAGUGAAAUGUCAAGAACGUCAAAAGGGCAAAAUGGCGUAUAACAAUACCAAAUUGGGGUGUUUGCGUCAAAUCACCGAAGGAUGUAAAUAAAUAAACAUCCGUCGUUCAUUCACCUGUGAAAUUUAAACAUUCCUGUCGCUAAACAUUCGGCUCUAAUUCAGAAACAAUCAUAAAGUAGUUAUGCAUUAGAUUUAUUUUAACGUCAAUGUACACAUAUCAGCGCGUUGAAGUGGGGAAAUGACAGAAAUUCGCGUAGUACUUUAUCUAAAUCUCAGUAAAUAUCUCGGAUGAAUAAUACAAUUGUUUAUUCGACUCGAAUAACGAUGAUUACGCAUUAGCAAACGUACAAAUCGCCACGAAAAAUAUCAUUUUCAUAUCGGUCGAAACGACAAAUUGAACUCAAGGAGAAAUGGAAUUGAAAGUUUGGGUGGAGGGAAUCCAACGAAUUGUUUGUGGGGUGACAGUGAACACCACUUGCCAGGACGUUGUGUUUGCUUUGGCUCAUGCAACUGGAAAAGUGGGUCGCUUCACGCUAAUUGAACGAUGGCGAAACAAUGAACGACUGCUGGCUCCUAGCGAACAUCCACUCAGGAUCCUCAUGAAAUGGGGCGAGUACUCGAAUGACGUGCAGUUUAUCCUGAAGAGAUCGGAGCAAGUGGCCAAGGCAGGAGAGAAGGCAAAUGCACAGAAGACGUCAAGAGAUAAGGAAGGGAAUGUCCUGGACUUGGAUAAUCAAAAUGCUAUCGUUACCGACUUCUUGCCAUUGGGACGGAACAAGGAAGGUCGUAGAAGUUUCGGAUCAUCAAACGAAACCAAACAUAUCGAUAACGUAGGAAUUGUUAAAGGAAUACCACAAAAAUCUACAACUAAAGUCAGUAUAACAAAACCGACAUCAGGGCGAAUGCCGUCAGAUGAUACUACAGCCGGCGAUGCUCUGAAAUACCACAACAACGAAUUUAACAUUGCCGAUUUGCGGAAUUCUCUAGAUCGAAAAACGAAUAAGGCUAAUAAUUUUGGUGCACGUGACGUGAGGAGUGCGGGUAACGAUCAGCCCUUAGAAGACUACAAUUACAAUAAAAUCAGCUUAGUCAGUAACAAUGAAUGUUAUAAAAAUUCUCCACCAAUAUCGGCAAACGGUGCACUCGUACCACCACCAUAUCGGGAUCCGCCACCGCCACGUACUAGUCCCUUAAACAAAACCGAACCUAGUAGUAGUAGGAAGCUCGAUUACAAAGACUCUAUAAAUAUGACAUCGUACUUCAACAUGAGUGAAAUGACUGAUAUGAGUGAGAAUUUUCUUCAAAAUGCACAAUACAAAGAUUUGCUACAAAUUGUGAAGUUUCAGCGAGAGAAAAUAACAUCGCAAAAAGCUGAUAUGACUAAGUAUGAUGUGGAAAUUGGCUAUUUUGAAGGCAAGGAAAGGGACCAAACUGAUGUUACAUCUAGAGAGAUUAGUAAAGCAGAGUUACUGUUUCGUCAAGGGUAUGAGCAGUUACAAUCGCUCCAAUAUGUUGAAGAGGAAAAUGAGUUAGUUAAACAACAAGAAAAAACACUGAAAUCGGAAAUCACUCUACUCCGUUCAAAGCUGGCAAAUUGUGAGACUGAAUUACUACAAUGUAGAAAUAAAAUAAGAUUAUUAUUAGAUGAGAUACAAAUUGAACAAAGAUCACUGAAUAAUAGACAAAAAGACAACAGGCAACAGGUUGAAAAAAACAUUCUAACUGAAGUUGAGCGAAUUCAGUCUGAGAUUGACAAGGUAACGCAAAGUGCUGAGACCUCUAGUAAAACUACUGAAAAUCUGAAGAAGGAAAUAUCUGUAAUAGAAAGUGCGAUUGCUGAAAAGAAGAGAGAGGUGGAGCAAUUGGUAAAUGAAAUGAAAGAAGUGAAUCUUCAAAGCCUAACUGUGACCCCGUCGGAUGAAAUCCGUAAUUUUUUGGAAGGCUCUAAUAAACCUGGUAGCACGAGACGAAUAAUAGGAUCACCUAGGCAGCUGGAAAAUGCAGUCCCCACGAGUAAGAAUCCUCACGGCGUCUGGGUAUGAGCAGCUCAUCAAUAGCCUAAUAAUUUUUAAUGAACAAAAUCAUAUUGACCAAUUUUUAUCUAAAUGGUCGUUUAUUUAUUGAAUUGUCGAAUAAAGAAGAAACCAAAACUAUGUUAAUUCACUUGAUAGUAUGGAUUUGAUAAUAAUUGUUAAAACUAGGUAAAAUGUUUUAGUGAAAUUGAUAUACAUAUAUAUCUUUACAAAGCACGUUUUCCACUAUUUUAGAAAUAUUUAAAAAACAAAAUAAUACAUUCCACAUAUGAAAAUCAUAAAUACUGUAACAGUAUUAAUAAAUAGAAAUAGUUGUAUGUAUUAAAACGCAUUGUUAAGUAAGUACAGUUUUGCGGCUGCCGUUUCUAUUAGGUCACAAAGUAAAACAAACGCGAAAAAUAUCUACUCUUGUACUAUUGCAACAAAAUAUCGCAUGGCAACUAAAACUUAAGCAAAGUAUGAAACUUUAUGCAACGAUAUAGUAACAAUCUGAUGUACUUAAACUUUUAAUAUCGGUCUAAUCAUUGUUGGUUUUUUAUGUUUUAGCGACCUAAUCUAUUUUUUAUACACCUAAUGAAAAUAGACUUAAGAAUUUCUGAAUUCUAGUCUUGUGGCAUAUUCAAAAUAAAUUCGUAACAUGAAAAUAUCAA